GAAAUUUCAAAUGUAGUAGGAACAACAGAGGCGACUCGGUGGAACCCGACAGACGACCCGAUGGAAGCUACCUGCUGAAACAUAGUUUGUAUUGUUCAAAUAAUAAUAAUAAUAAUAACCGGAGUGAAGUUGCCGUUUCCGGUUAUAAAGGAUUAUUUUAAAAACGCAAAGUGAAAUGGACAUUGCCUCAUAUUUACAGUGUUUCGAGGGCAGGCUGAGCUCAUACAGCGGAGACGACCCUCUGGAUCCCUGGGACAAGUUUGUGGAGUGUCUGGAGCAGAGGUUACCUGCGGACGCUGGCAGUGGCAUGUCGCUGGUGUUCGACAGUCUGGUGCAGAGGUUUUUGAACGUGGAGCGAUAUGCCAACGACAUCAGAUAUGUGAACUACUGCAUCAAAUGUGCGAGUUACUACUCUGACCCCGUGGCGCUGUACGCUCACGUCUUCAGUAAAGGCGUGGGCACCAGGUCGGCGGCGCUGUACGUGGCCUGGGCACAGCAGCUGGAGCAGAGGGGCGCGAACGACCAGGCCGAUGCCCUCUACCAGAAAGCAACGGAGAACCAGGCCCAGCCUGCGGACGCCGUUCUCCACGAGUACAGGCAGUUUCAAACCAGAACCAGGAGCCAGACGUCAGGAUCAGCUGGAGGCGUGAAUCCUCUGCAGACCUCGCAUUUGACCAACCAGAUGUCGUCACACAGAGAACCGGUCUCUCAGAGCAAGGCCUCAGUGGAUUCUGUGACCAAACCACCUGCGAUUAAAACGAUCGUAACACUCUCUCGCUCUGAGAACUCCGGCGUGUCCCGCCCGUGUCCGGGCUCCGGCGUCCGCACCGUGUCGGAGUACAUGACGGACGAGCUCGUCUGCGACGGCUCCGAACUCUCCUUCGAGGAGGUCCGAGCGGAGAAGUACUUCCGUAAACUCCGAGAGAGGCGGGAACGGGAGCACAGGGAAAACAUGGAGAGGAAGCUGCGGGAGCAGGAGGAAGGCAUCCGGAGCAUCAAGUCCAUGUUGGAGAAGGUCGAACAGAAUCUGGAAACCUGCGGCGGUUCGGCCGGGCGACCUUCGUCACAGAGGCUGUCUGCCGUCGAAGCCGCCUCCCAUCUGAGCCCUAAUCCUACCCAGCAUUCCUUUGGGCGCCCUCUGCCCUCGAACCUCCUGAGCAGAAGACGCUCUCUCGGCUUGGCGUUACACAACGAGCCGACUUUCCUCCAGGAGGCCACCACUCCAAGCUCGGAGGUAUCCCAGCAUCCCUCUGUCCUGGCUGACGGGAGCGUCCAUUUACCGACUUUGGCGCCCGCACACCGGGCACGUCUCGCCCUGCAGCCCGUGAGCACUGGGCAGUCGAACCCAUCGCUCCACAGAGCCCCCUGCGCUGCCGCUGAUGACCAGGGCCGGGACGCUCCAGUUCAGCCCGGCGGCUGGGAGAGGUGUCGCCCGCUGGAGCACGACGCCACGCAUCAGGACGUCAGUCAGCUCCAGGAACCGGAGGAGAAACUGAACGUGUCACAGGGGGGAACGGUUAACCUGUCGCACAUCACUCCCAACAACUCACUGGGCUACGUUCAGGCCACGCCGUCCCGGGUGCUGCCAUCGCCCACCGUCAACACACGGGAAGCCCUGGGUGUGAUCAUGGACAUGUUCCAGGCGCCGACUCUCUUGGAAGAUCCGUUCAACAGCACAUCGGCGCCCCACACCGCCGAGACGGAGUUGGAUGCCGGCUGCCCGAGAAAUGGAGGAGCCUCCGUGUUCACGAAUCCUCCCGCCAUGGCACCGUUCACCAUCUUCCAGGACGACAACGACAAGGAAAAUGGAAGUGCUGCUGCUGCUUCUGCUCCCGCUGUGGUCGAGAAGCUUAAACCAAUCAGAGCUCUGGCAGAAAUCCCAGCGUCUAAGACAGAAAAACCUAACGACACUCCCUCAGAUCUGAUGCCAGACGAGAGCGCCAUGUGGGGGGCUCGCUACAACUCCCUCAACUCUCUGGCCGCCUGUCCCAACAGCACCACGGACUUCGCCAUGUUGGCCCAGUUCGUCUCCACCCCGUCCGCAUGCAAGACGCCUUUCGGCAGCAACUUUUACCAGGACCAAGAGAACAGCGGCGAAGGCGUUGAAGCCGAUGACGAUGCUUUUAUCAGACGUCAGCCCAAAAAACUGAGCCCCAUCAUUGAGCAGAGUCCAUCCGACGAGAAGCUCUCAGAAUCGGCCGUGAGUCGGCUCGUUCCUUGCUCAGUAAGACACGGCACCAUCGUCGGGGAGGGGCUCGCCCUCGGCGCGCACUGCCUGACCACCUCCUCCAUCACCAUGGUGCAGCCGCCUCCCCCCGCCGUGCUCUCCUUCAGAGACCAGACGCUGUGUCCCACUGACUCCUCCAUGUCCAGGACCACGGCGCCUGGCUGGGAGGUGUACACCAGCCCAGAGCAGCCUCCCAGACCGGCUACUCAGAUCUCACAGAAACCCGAAAGUGAACCGUUUGAAAUCCUGGAGGAUUUGGACAAACCCGCCAUUCCAGAGCGAGCACAGGAGCCGGCAUUCGAUGUUCCCAUGAGCCCGGAGUGCGCUCUCAAACCGGACUGGAUGGCCAACCGGAUCCCGGAGGUCACAGUCGAGCCAGAUCUGGACGCCUUCCUUAGUCCCCUUCGGCCCAAGAGGGCGGACACUGUUCCCACCAUGACCCCGGACGUUCCCAUGAGUCCAGAGCAGCCACAGCUCUGUGCCGACGUGCCCAUGAGCCCCAUGCAGCAGGCGCCGCCGUGGUUUAGCUCUGUGGAUGAUCCCAUGAGUCCAGACAGGGGGGCGACGCCCAGCGCUGACGUGUCCAUGAACACAACAACACCGAGGACGAGCAGGACCGGAGCGGUCCAGCUGGUGUCGGAUCCCUGGGAUAGUGACCUGAUCUGGGAUCUGCUGUGGACACUCAGCCCGCCCCUCACCUCUCACCCCCGCUGCAUCAGCUGGAAGUGCAACCUGCCCAACAUCACCCCAAAGAUGACCAUCAGCAUGGGAAAGGAGUCGCUGCGAGUUGACUGCGUCCUCGGCGAAGGUGCGUUCGCGACAGUCUACCAGGCGACCGACCCCACGACCUCAGAGAGGAUGGUGUUAAAGGUUCAGAAACCAGCCAAUCCCUGGGAGUUUUACAUCCACACCCGUCUGGACGCUCGGCUGCAGCCCGACGUCCGUCGCCUGUACAGCAGCAUCCAUGCCGCUCACCUCUUCCACAACGGGAGCGUGUUGCUCGGCGAGCUGCACAACUACGGCACGCUGCUGAAUGCAGUGAACACGUACAAAGGCCUGAGCGACAAGCUGAUGCCGCAGCCUCUGGUCAUGUACUUCACCGUCUGCAUCCUGCACAUGGUGGAGCAGCUGCACGCCGUCCACGUCGUCCACGCCGACAUCAAACCUGACAACUUCCUGCUGGGCGAGAGGUUCUUGGAGAACAGGUGUUUCGAUCCGGAGAACGUGGACCACGGCCUCGUCCUCAUCGACCUGGGACAGAGCAUCGACAUGGAGCUUUUCCCAGAAGGCACUGCUUUCACCGCCAAGUGUUUGACGUCAGGCUUCCAGUGCACAGAGAUGCUCAGCGGGAAACCCUGGAACUAUCAGACGGACUACUUUGGAAUAGCAGGGACUGUGUUCUGUCUGCUGUUCGGGACGUACAUGCAGGUCACGAACGAAGGCGGAGUCUGGAGGACGAACGCCGUGUUUAGAAGAAACCCUCACAGCGACUUGUGGCUGGAUUUCUUCCACACGCUGCUGAACGUCCCCGACUGCAGUUCUCUGCCGAGCCUGCGGCGUCUCCGUGGCGAGCUGACGUCUGUCCUGCAGCAGAACUACGGCAGCAAACUGUCCACGCUCAAGAGCCGCCUGGUGGUUCUGCUGCUGGAGAGUCGCAAGGCAGCUCGCAGAUGACGACGACGCCGGUUCUCUCCUCGUCUCACCGUUUCUCUCCUUUUUAAAAAAGCCUGGUUCAAGCUGACUUAGAGGAAUCAGUGAAAUCACUGACUUAGACUUUUUAACGGACGACUUCAGCGAGUGAUUUAGUUCGUACUGAAUUUGUACAUAUGAAAUGUAAUUAUAAUUAUUUAGUUUAUCUUUUUACAAUUGCAUUUUUAUCUGGUUCCAAUUUGUGAGACUUUGUGAAAACAGUUUGUUUUUUUUCUCUUCAAAGAAUAAACUUUGUGUUGAAGCCAA